UAAGAUAUCUUGAUCAAAGAGAAAAAUCUGCAUUUAUUGAUUUUCACGACUGAUGAACAAACAAAGGACAACACACUUUCAUUUAGUUACUUUGUUUCUAUUCGCAGAAACGUAGCUACCUUUAUAGCCUCAAACAUCAUUCUGGGAACCUAAUCACACUCUGAGGACAGCUUGUUCAUUCAGCUAUGGAAAUGAAUAAAUAACCUUAUUUCAGUGUUUUUAUUAUUCCCAUUUUAUGUUUGGCAUUAGAAUGUGAUCUGCGAGGUGUGAAUGCACGCAGGCUGCAUUGCAUCUGUACAGUGUCACCAUACUAAAAAACAAAAAAACAAAAAACAAGCUAACAACUUUUUCAAUAUUAUUAUUUUUGCGAUCUCAUGUAUGCCAGAAAAAAGUUUCAGACAAGCUCUCCUCCUUCUUCAAGAUGACUUUCCACUGGUCUGGCCCUAAACUGACAGCCUUGUCGACCAGGCGGGAGAAAUGGCCAACAUCGCUGCCAGUGUGGUAGUUCCCCUGAGCAGCUCUUUGUUGCCAGCAUGUAGGCCUUCAUCAAUACCUGUUCCGCCCUUCUGCCCUGUCUGAGGGGUUAUCCAUCAGGAGUGUCGCUGGCAGUCUGUCCUGCAGACCAGUCGUCUCCCCGAGUGACUUCUCCUGUCUGCCCCUCCAUCAGCCCAUUCGCCGCAGAACAGCGCUCCGCAUACGGUCCUCGAGGAGGUUCUUUCAGUAGAAACGGACGGCUCUGAUCAGCCAGACUUCAUCAGUGUGUAACAUAAUCAAAACCCCAGGGGGAAAUGGACAAAGAGGGGGAGAUGAUGAUUUUCCUUCUGCUCAUGGCAGCCAUCAGCAGCCCUGUAUCUGGUGAAGAGUGGAAGGCCAAUAUUGUGCAAAACCUUGACGCCCUGGUUGGGUCCUGUGUCGUGGUACCCUGUUCUUUCACCCGUCCUAAAGAACACAAGAACUCCAUGUGCAAUGGGAUCUGGCAUCUUCCAAAUGAGCCAAAACAGCACAUCUAUUCUGAGAUUGAAGAUGACAUUUUGGAAAACUUCAGGGGCCGCACAAACCUGCUGGGAAAGUUGAAUCAGAACAACUGCACCUUAGAAAUCACUGAGAUCAAAGAGCACGACACUGGGCCUUUCUGCUUCCGGAUUGAAGUAACUCCCAAGACUGGGGGCUUCAACUUUACUGAUGAUUGUGUCGAGCUGAAAACUCUCCCUGAUCCUCCAGAACCCAUUCUGACUGACUCAAAGACAGCCACUGAAGAUCAUCCACUCUCUGUCACCUGCUCUGUCACUUACACCUGCACCUCCCAUCCACCUACACUCACAUGGAGUAAGGGCAAGAAAGAUGACAUCGCGGAGGUCCACAAAGACAUUAAACCUGGCACGUGGGAGGUGCUGUCCAUCCUGACGUUCACUCCUACAGCGCAGGACGACCACAGUAAGCUCACCUGUACAGCAACCUUCUAUGGAGAGGAGAGGAGGUCGUCGAAAACAAUGAUGCUUUAUGUAAAACGUAAAGAAAACUAUAACCACAUCAUCAUACCCACAGUAGUGGGCCUGGGCACUGCUUUGUUCUUUGGAUUCUUCUGCAUUUUCAUGGUGAAAAAAUACAAGAGACGCAUCGCAGAACUCCAAAGUCGGGAUGGCAGCAUGUGGAACCGGCUGUCCAGGCUGUCCCGCAGGAUUCGCUCUGGUGGCCCCGGACCAUCUCCAUCUGACCACAGGAGGCCUGCAAGGGACAUAGGUGACUUGGCCAAUAAUGUGAAUUCAAAUUCCUGUGCCGGGCAGAAAGUCUCUAAACCUCGUUUCCCGUCGCCUAAAAGCCAGCCAAAAUUCUGCAGUUACAAAGAGGACCUUGAUGACGGUGACGACUACAUAAACACUGCGGACCUCAACGUCUAUGGAAACGUCUGAGACAAAGUCUUCCAAAGAGAGCCGGGAUCACAGCAAGCAGACCUGUCAAUGCUCAUGAUGGUCAUAUGUAUCCAGCGCUUCUGGCGAUUGCAGUCUUGUAAUAUACACGUCUGCUGCAUUCGUCGCUCCUGUCAAGCAACAUAAAUAUUCCUGUCUGUCUUGAUAAUUUCAUCACAUUGUUUUGGAAAAAUAAAAUGCGUUUUGAAUAAAACCUAUCAACUGUU